CUUCCUGGAUGCUGAUACAGACCCACUUGUAUGACAGCACUACAUCUCGCUCCUUACACGAUGUGCUGGCGAUGAUGCUCGAGAUGCACCGCUACGUUGUGCCUCGUCUGGAAAAGAUUUCGAAGACCACGCGAGUCAUCGUGCUGUCCCAGAGCCGCCAUCGUCCUCACUCCCCGAACAGGUUCAACAGAAGGGCGACUUUCAGCAACGCGAACCUUGAAUGGAGUGAAUUAACGUUCCUGCAUUUCAUGCGAGCGUUCAGAGAGGGCCGUGCCUCCGUCCCUCGCGACGGGCAGCAGGCAGAAGCUCAGGACAGCGAGCACGGACCGAAUCGUCAGGGAUCAUUCGACCGGAAUCAUUCACUGAAGGCGUGGCAGUCCACACACACGCAAGAUCGUGAUUUUAGGAACGAACCGCAGGACAAAGGCGCUCCAGACGACGAAGAACCACUCUCUCUGAACGACCAUAGGCACAACCAACGACUAAAAGAUCACUCAGUGUCGUUCCGAGACCAUCUGAUUCCUAGAACGUCCACGCCGGGCCUGUGGUGGUGGGACUCGAACCUCCCGAUCAACCUGGCGGAGAUCGAAGAGUGCAACGAGCUGUACCGUCGAGACCUGACUGGUGACUUGGCUUACACAGGUCCUCCUCUCGCUUGCAGGGAUGAUCACCAUGCCGGACCGGGCACGUCCUCUGAUCUCGUUACCAUGUUACUGAACCUAGCAUGUAAUUCCGUCUUAGGUAUGUCCGAGACAUUCUGUUGCACGUGAAGAUGUAUCGACAAAUAAAAUGUUUCACAGUUAUAUAUGUCUUAUGAAGGCGACUGUAAUAAGAAUAAGUCUAAAAGGGCAAACACAAAUGUUCGAGAGAGAAAAAAAUGCGAUAGCGAGCGUUUGAAAUGAAGAGGCAAAGAUUUAAAAAGUGGUUACAGAAAAACAUAGCACCCGGCGUUGAUAACGGCAGAAGGAGAAAAAGAAUAGUGAUAAUGAUGAGAAAAGGAUGUAGUAGAAGGAGGGAAAGAGGUGUGGAUUAGUAGAUCAGGGCAAGAGACUAGUAGAGUCACAUAAAGUCUUUGG